AUGAACAAACUGCUGAAGGCUGACUCUCAAGAUCCGUCGGAGACCUCAAUCAUUCAGGCUUCUGGUGGCGUGGCUGCUGUGGACAAGCUUGUCUCACCUAAUGCGAUGCCUAUUGGAAGUGCGGUCCAUCUGCAGCAGUCGCAGAAAUGGGGAGUGGUCAAGGUUGCAAACAUCCCCUACUCGAUCACGAAGCAGGAAAUUAUCCAGUUCCUUGGUCGACAGGCCCGUCUCGCUAGCCCCUGCCCCAUCCAUAUUAUUAUGGAGCGCUCGACUGCUAAGACCAUGGACUGUUAUGCCGAGUUCGAAACCGUCAAGGAUGCUCAGGAAGCGGUGACUCGUAUUAACAAGAUCGCUGAGACUGGUCGUCCUCCUCGUCUGGGAAACCGUGUCGUCUAUGUGGAACUUAGCAGCCAAGACGAGCUUCUGAAAGAUCUAUUCCCCCGUGCGAAGUGUAUCUCCUGGCAGGAUGGUAUGCCGAUUGCUCUCCCGAAUAGAGACCCUUAUUCCACUGGAUUCUCGGGUUUCUUCACUGGCGAGGAGAUUAUUGGUGCUAUUCGCCAUGCUGAGAUACCUCAUCGUUCCCCGUUCUGUGCAAAGUGCCCUCAGCGUACCUAUGAGUCCACCAUUAGUACGCUUUACAAGUUCCCCUGGUACGCGACGACCCUCUACACUGUCCAUGACCGCAACACCUUGUUUGAAAUGGUUAAUCGCCACAUCAAGUCUCUGGUAUUCCGCCUCAAGACAACCAAAACCAUUGGACUUGACCAGAGACUGAUGCGCGAUCUCCUCCACGCCGGUCUGAACUGCCCUACGUUCAACGAACGGCAGAAGUUUACCUUAUGCGUCAACUCGGAGGAUAUUUCCGAGAUCCUCAAGUUCCCAGACAUGGGCAAAUGGUUCCCGUUUGAUACACUGGCUAAAAUACCAAACUUUGACGAGGAUACGCUUCUGUUCUAUGCGAAUUUGAUCUCCAAAGGAACCCUGCACGACCAAGGAACCUCCGAAUUGCCCAACACUUUCCCCAUGGACGAUUUCGAACUCGAAUCUCCCUACGGACGCAUCUGGUUCGAAUGGCCACAGGAAGCCGCAAAGCGCAUGCUGUUCGAAGAAGCCGUUCAAUGCGAGAUGGUCAAUCUGUGCAAUCUCGUCUUGACCGGUUGCAUCAACCAGGACAAAGAGACCACUUUCAGUAUCGAACACCUCUCCAUUGGGUCCACUCCCUUGAGCAGCCAAACUGACAAUAAGCUCACCACGACCAUUUCACCCUUCGGUACCGAAAGAAGCGACGCUGUCGAAGAAGAGACAUCGUCAUCGUCCAAGGUCGAUAUCUACGCGACUCCGCGCCGUCCCAGGAACCAGCAUAGCUACAGCGGUACCUUUGCCAGGAACAGACUGGGCAGUAUCGGUGAAAACUGGGGCCAGGAACUGGUCUUGCGUCCUUCUGCUGUGGACAGGACUGCCAGGCCUGGAUUUCUUGGACAUCAUCGGAACACUCUGUCGUCUCCGUGCUUCUUGUCGAACUUUUCGAACCAGGGUCAUUGA